AUGGCAUCUUCGGCGGCGAAUGUUGCGCCCGUGGAGAGUAAUGGGCUGGGACCUUCACAGGCACAGACGAAGGGAAAGAGAUAUGCAGAGAGUCCCUUGCGCAGUCAGGAGGAAUCACGGGGAAGUUAUCGGUUCAAGAAUAAGAGGAUGAGGAAGGGGCACGGUGAUAGCAGUAAGAUCCUCAAAACCAACGGGAGCAAUGAGGAGGUGUUGCUAGAGGAUGUCAAUGCGCUGUUGAAGUCUUUGGAGUUGAAGGAUGGGGAAGAGGCGAGGAGCGAAACGCCUGCGAAGGAGCUUCCGGAGAAGCUUACGGAAAUCGAGGUGCGGAUUGAGCAGAUUUCGUCCACUGGAGACGGUAUUGGGUUCCAAAAGGAUUCGAAAUCGAACCAGGUCUAUGUUGUCCCGUUCACGGCUCCUGGGGAUGUUGUCACGGCGAAGGUGUUUAAGCACUUCGAAAAGGAGAAGUACACCAUGGCGGACUUUGUCAAGGUCAAUACGCCUUCGCCGCACCGGGACGCUUCCCUGGUCAAGUGUCCCUACUUUGUGAGCUGCUCGGGGUGCCAGUUUCAGAUGCUGCCGUACUCGUACCAGCUCGCACACAAGAAGAGCAUAGUGGAGAGGGCCUACAGAAAUUUCUCCAACCUCCCGCCCGAGCUCAUCCCCACCAUAGGAGACACUAUCGGCUCACCCCUGGAAUACGGGUACCGCACAAAACUGACGCCGCACUUCGAUGGCCCCCCUGACGCAAGGCGAAGCGACGGUCGCAACGGCAUCAAACGCACCUUCAAGGAGAUGCCACCCAUAGGCUUCAUGAAAAAAGGCACCCGAAUCACCAUGGACAUUGAAGACUGCCCCAUCGGCACGCCCGCCGUCCGCAAGGGGAACAAGCGCGAACGCGCCCGCGUCGCCGCCGAACUCCCCAAGUACUCCAAAGGCGCCACACUGCUCCUGCGCGAGCACACAGAACGAAUCGCCAAAUCGGAGUUCGACCCUACCAGGGACGUCGAAGACGACAACACCGUCAUCGAGGAUAAAGGGGACGGCUUCAUCUACAAGAAGACGUGCGUCACGGACCCCAACGCCAAAACCACAGAGUACAUUGAUGAUUUCCGCUUCGUCAACCCAGCAGGCGCCUUCUUCCAAAACAACAACUCCAUCCUCCCUCGAUUCACCCAGUAUAUCCGCGAGCACAUCCUGCCCCCACCGCCGCACAACAUCAAGUACCUCAUCGACGCCUAUUCAGGUAGUGGCCUCUUCACCAUCACCCUCUCGUCGCUCUUCGAAUCCUCCUUGGGCAUCGACAUCGCCGCCUCCAGCAUCGCCUCGGCCACGCACAACGCCGAGCUCAACGGGCUCCCCGCCACCAAGGCCAAAUUCCUCGCCGCCGACGCCGCGGCCCUGUUCGCCAACAUCUCGACCCCCGCAGACGAAACGGUUGUCAUGAUCGAUCCCCCGCGGAAAGGCUGCGAUGAGUCGUUCCUGCGGCAGUUGGUGCAGUACGGCCCCGCGAGGAUCGUGUACGUGAGUUGCAAUGUGCACACUCAGGCGCGGGAUGUCGGGGUCUUGGUCGGGGGCAUGGAGAGCGUGGAUGGCGGGUGUGGGAGGGGCGAAGGGUGCUACGAGGUGGAGAGUUUGAGGGGGUUUGAUUUCUUCCCGCAGACGGGGCAUGUGGAGGGAGUGGCGGUUUUGAGGAGGAAGGACCCGAGGGGUGGGGAGGAGGGGAAGGUUGAGUAG